AUGCUAUCAUGGCAAACUUAUGGUCCAGACAAACAUUUAAGUGAUAAAGACCUGCAAACUGCUUUCAAGAGUUUACAGAAUGUUUCACACCCUCAUAUAGAUCAGAUAUUAGCGAUACAUAAUUUAGAAACCGGUGCCUAUGUAGUUAGAAGAAUACACGAAAACGGCAGCCUCAGAGAUAUACUAUAUGGAACUGAAUAUUCUAAGAAUCAUUUAAGCAAAUAUGGUAACCCCAAAGUGAGGAAGCCCCUGACUCUGGGACAGAUUUGUCAUUAUGGAAACCAAAUAUUACAGGCCUUGAGGUUCUUACAUGACAAAGGACUUGCACAUGGCCAUUUGCAUCCAGGAAACGUUGCUAUUUUAAAUCAGCGUGUGUUAUUAUUAGACAUCGAGAACAUUCUAUUGGGUGUACCCUGUAAAUAUCGGCCUCACUUGCUGCAUUUAAAGCUAGCCACAUCAGAGGCCGUAGAUAUGUAUUGCUUUGGUUUGACAUUGUAUGAGAUGGCGUUCGCGACGCCAUUAGAAGAGCCCUACUGUGAUAUUUUCUCAGACGGAAUCUCGGAGGAUUUGGAGAACGUGUUGCGAUUGUGCCUAUCCCGAGAAUCGAUCCGUCACGGUGGCCCUACGCUUGCCGACGUCAUGUACCAUCCGAUGUUCACGCGUGGUAUACCUCCGUCUAUAAAUUCCUUCAACUCCACACCGCCCAGACUCAAGCUGCCACUGAAUGUCAAACAUGAAAUCAAUACAGCCUUGUUGGCUGCCGAGGCGAGACUAAGGAACGAUCAAAAACUGCUUCGAAGUGUGAAGAGAGAAGUGCGCAUUCAGGAAAUAUUAAACUCUGAAGUAGAGCUGAGGAAACAGAAACGACGCGCGAAAAAAAGGGGCAGUAUAUGGAAAUCGACGUCAUCUUUAGCGGAAACUGUUCACUCGCACAGCGCGAGUACAACGUCCUCGCCGACGCCUCCCGCGCUAUCAGCAGAUAGCGGUACUAGCCCCGCAGGCGUCAGUCCCGCUGCGGUCAGUCCCGUGGCCAUCAGUUCGGCGACCAUCAGUCCCGGCGAUGGGCGCUCAGCUCUCCUUAAUGCCAUCUGCUCCUUCGACAAGACACGUCUCGCCAGAGUCAACGCUCGGUGA